AUGCUUCGCUGCUACGGACCAAGCGCGGGACUCAAGGCGGGAAUUGAAAUGAAGCCCCUUGAUGUGGGUAGUGGACAAUGGUUCAUUCAAAAUGGUGCCAACUCUGGUGUUGGUAGGGCGGCAAUUCAAUUCGGAAAGCUUUGGGGCUUGAGGAGCAUCAACGUCAUCCGUGAUAGAGAAUCCACCGAAGAGACUGAGUCUCUGAAGCAAGAGCUUUACAAAUUAGGUGCGGAUGUCGUCGUUUCAGAAUCCAAAUUUCUGUCGCGCGAAUGGAAAGACCAGCUCGCCGAAAUCACCCGCAAUGGGCGCGACAGCAUCGGCCUCGCUCUGAACUGCGUGGGUGGGAAAUCCGCCACGACACUCGCAAGGGCUCUGGGCGAUGGUGGUACCUUGGUCUCGUAUGGUGGAAUGUCCAGGCAGCCAAUUGCCCUUCCCGUUGGGCUGCUGAUCUUCAAGGAUAUUCGCUUCGUUGGAUUCUGGCUCUCCAAUUGGAAUGAGCGCGACGCAGUAGGCAAGAAGCACAUGGUGAAUGAUAUUCUCGACAUGAUACGCCAGGGCAAAUUUUCCGACAUUCCCAUUGAAGAAGUCCCGUGGAACUGGGAGACCGAGGAGAAGCAGCUUCAGGAGGCUGUGCAGAGCGGACUCACGGGCUUCAGAUCCGGGAAAGGUGUGUUCCUAUUUGGUGAGACCUGA